UGGCUAAUAAUAUCUACGUACUGUAAAUUGUUUAUCAGGGGAAGAGGAGGAGGGGAGAUCUCUGUUUGGAGAGUUUAAACGCUUCACUUUCACUUUGCAGGAAAGUUAAAAAAAGCUGGUUUCUGCCUCUCAUCCUUCCCAUAGUUAACAUAGCCAGGAGCAAAAGACCUCGGCAGGAAGGGAAAGUGAAAGCUGAGAGGGGAGGGGAGGCAGGCCGUACAACAACAGCAGGAGGAUCGCAGAGGGAUCCAUGGCAAUGAGCGGGGAGGGGGAUCCUCCUCCCGGCCAGAGAGAGGGGAUCUUGCAGCAGUUCUAUGCCGACAGGGUCUUCCUGUCCGGGGAUAAAGGCUGGAGGGUCGGGAAGAAUUUCUUGGUGGUGAAAAGCAUGGUGGAGAAGAUGGUCAAAUGGGCCUACGAAUCCAGCAGCGGGCUCUACCCCAACGACCCCAUCCCGGUCGGCAGCCACAGGGAAGGGCUGCACCUUCAAGUGGAGGGGAGUUCCAACGAUUUCGACUUCCUCAUCCCCGCGAGGUAUAACCCCAAGCUGGCGCUCGAAAGUGGGGCCAUCGCCAAGGAGCCUGGCAGCUAUGAAAAGAAGCUGCCAACCUACAUUUUCCGCGAGCAAGGGGUGCCCGUGUUUCGCUGGGGCACCAAAGUCCUUGUGGACCUGGAGGCUUUCGGGGAGAAGUACGUGGAAGUCCACUGCCACCGGCAAGCGGCGCGCCUGGAGGAUGAGGACGACGAGGAAGACCUGGAUGUCUUAGAUGAGUGCAAGGAGAGCCUCACCCACCACCACCUGGACCCGGUUCAAAUCUUGGAGGACUUUCACCGACAUAUAGAAAUCACCUUGGACCCAGAGUACACCCAUCCCCGGCAAAAUGAUCCUGUUUUCUGGCAAAAACUCUUCCGCUCCCGCAUACCCAAGAUAGACAACAGCAUGAGACAGAACAUCACACUGGAGGCCCUGGAUUUGGAGAGUCCUGCCAUCCAGUUGGUUUUCCAUGAAGGGACUGAGACUGUCCCAGUGAAGCUGGUCCCUGCCAUCCAGGGAGCCUUCAAGCUCUCCAACCAGUGGCUGAGAGAAGACCUCGCCCACCUUUCCGACUGGUGGGAUGGGGACCUGGCCAACGAAAAGAAAAGCUUUCUCCGGAAAGCAGCCAUCGUUCAGCAAGUUGGACCAGAGCUGAUAGCCAAGGGAGGAUUUUGGAGGCUCUCUUUCAGCCAUGCCGAGGCUGUGAUUCUUGAGGAUGUUGACGCUGAUGGCGGGCAGAGGAGGGCAGCUUUGAGACUGCUCAAGUUUGUCAACGUGACAAAAUGGACGCCAGAGUACGGCAAAAUCUUGACUUCCUACCAUCUCAAGACCAUUUUGCUGUGGUGCUGUGAAAUCUACCCGCAGAAGGAACAGUGGGAGACUCUACUGUCCUCCCUGGAAGCCCUCCUGAGGCUCCUACGCCACACCCUCGCCAAGAGAAACCUCCCGCACUACUUCCUGCAGCCUGUCAACCUCUUCAGCAGGCACUACAAAUCCAGCAGCUCCACCUAUGGCCCCUUGGCCUUGGAGGUCCUGUGCCGUGAGGUCGAAGUGAUGCUGGCCGACCCCGUGGGAUACCUUCUGCCGGAUCACGAACAGCAGGACCGCUGUGCCGGUGUAGAGUUUGAGGAGAAGAUGGCGGCUCUCUGGGAGUUUAAAGAAAGUCACCAGGAAGAUCUGAAGGAGCUGAAGAGGAUGCAGGAUGAACAUAUGUAUGAGGAGGUAGAAAUAUCCAAAGCGUAAAGGCAGAGUCCUGUGUGAAGGACUAGAAAUCCCAACAAGCGCUGUUCCACGCAGCAUGGAACUGGCCUUUCUGCCAUAGCUUUCCCACAAUUCCAGAUUCCAGACCUCAUGACCACAGAGGUAAAAAACUGAACAGCAUUUGGGCAAAGUCAGACAAAAGAUAACAGAAGGGUGUCAAACAGUGAGGACAUCUGAACUGCUCCUUGACAUUCUUGCCCACCUGCUCCAUAGGAGUCACUGCGGAGUGAUGCCUUGCCAGGAUGAGGAACCUAUAGCCCUCCAUAUGCUCUGGGACUA